UCUCUCUUAUUUUUUUUUCUUUUUCGUUUUAUUUGUUUCUCUGUUUCUCUGUGUCUGAUAAGGUCAUGUUUGGAGAGAAAGAUCCCUCAAGUGAUCUCCCUUGUGUAGGAGAUGAAAACUCUCAAAGCAAGCUCUCACGUUUGUUUCAAAACAAGGAGAGUUCAGUUGAAAAAAUGAGUUUUUUACAAAAGGGUAUUGAUUUCCUUAGAGAAUCAAAGGUGGGUCUUGAUGGAGGCUAUGCUUUACCAAGACCUUCAAAGCCUGGGAAUUCUGGAUCCCAAGAACUCACUCUUAGCUACCUUUGUGAAAAUCCCAAACUGGGUUUUUGUUCUGAGAAAGAGUUUCCCGGGAAAACCCUGUUGGAGAAAGUUACUAGUUACAAAGGGAAAGAAGUUGUCGAUUCUGAGAAUUCAAAUCAAGAUGAAAAAUGGGUUGAAAGAGAUUUCUUGAAUUUGAGUGAAAGUAAAGGGAUUUCUUCAAAAAGAGAGGUAGAGGAGGAUUUUCAUGAAAGAGAGAAUAGUAAUAGGGAGAAAAGGCCAAAGCUUGAAACUUUGAAUCUGUCUUUAGCUUUACCUGAUGUGUCUCUCUCUUUAACUGCAUCAAAUGCUUUGCAAAAUGGUGAUCCUCCACAACACAGGCCAAGGCCUAGUAGGAGUGUACAGUCUUUAGCACCAUCAAACAAUAACACACAAACCACAUGUUCUAAUGAUUUCACUGCUGCUUCAUUGUCAUACUCGUAUUCUCUGCCGUUUUCACAUAAUCCUAGCUGCUCAUUAACAAGAAAUUCAACUGAGAAUUAUGAGUAUUCUGUGGGGAAAGAUGAUCAAAUUUGGUGUGGUGGUGAGGGUACUAAUGGAUCCGUGCAUAGUCGGUUUAGGCCAAUUGCUGAUGGAGUUGCUUUGGCCAAUCAUGGUGGUGCUGGUGGUGGUGGGGGCUUUUCCAUGAUGCAGGUUAAUCGUCAAGUGAAUAAAGAUUCAUGCAAUAGUCUUCAUAGAACGACUAGUUCAGAUAAUCAUUCCUUUUUUCCAUCUGAAUUGCCUGCUAGACCGCGUGUAGAUAAUCUGUCAGGGGAUUCGAGGAGGAGGGAUUCAGAGAAUUUGAGAGUUUUAGAGAGUAUGGAGGGAGGGAGAUCCCGAAAGAUUUCAAGACCGGAGAGAAUUCUUCGUGAGAUUGUGUCAGAGUCGAUUCCUGCCAUGGCUCAAAUAAUGCAGGAGCUGCCUGAUGAAACGGUAGAAUUGACCAAAGAGUACUUGAGAAAUAUUAUAGCAACUCCAGAGAAGAAGGAAGAAUUAGUGGGACUUCAAAACCGGCUUGAGAGGAGAUCUGAUCUUACCAAGGAGACUCUCUCAAAGUGCCAAAAGGACCAGCUAGAAAUUUUAGUUGCAGUCAAAAUGGGCCAUAAAAGCUUCUUGUCUGUAAAAAUGCGGUUUCCCACAACUGAGCUGCUGGAGAUUUUCUUCUUUAUGAGAUGUAGGAAUCUGAAUUGUAAGAGUUUGCUGCCUGUUGAUGACUGUGAUUGUAAGAUAUGCUCAGGGAACAAGGGGUUUUGCAGUUCUUGUAUGUGUCCUAUCUGCUUAAAUUUUGAUUGUGCUAACAAUACUUGCAGUUGGGUUGGUUGUGAUGUUUGUUCCCAUUGGUGCCACGCUGCCUGUGGUAUUCGGAGGAAUCUUAUCAAGCCAGGUCCUAGUUUAAAGGGGCCAUCUGGGACUACAGAAAUGCAAUUUCACUGCAUAGGAUGUGGUCAUGCUUCAGAAAUGUUUGGAUUUGUUAAGGAUGUGUUUCUAUGCUGUGCAAAGGACUGGGGUCCAGAAACACUGAAAAAGGAGCUUGAUUGUGUGAGGAAGAUUUUCAAGGGCAGUGAUGAUUCAAAAGGCAAGGAACUGCACAUUAAAGCUGAUGAACUUUGCACCCAGCUCCAAAAUAAGAUGAUGUCUGCUUUAGAUGCAUGCAGCGUCAUUAUUCAGUUCUUCAACUACACUGAUGGUAUGGCAGACUUUCCUCCCUCUGGUGCAUGUUCAAAAGACCUAAUGACAACUCAAGUUGAUCUUAGAAAAGAUGAAUCAUCCGUCACACCAGCUACUUCUCUUCCUCCGAAGCUUGUGUUUUACAGCACAAGCUCUUCAAGUGGACGGGAUUUACUUCCAAAUGAUCAUGGUCAGAAAGAUAUCAAAACUGCUCUAGCAAAUGAUUUAAAAAGUGAAGAUGAAUACCGGUUUGGCAGGUUAUCAAACAAUGAUGGAUUUGACAGCUUAGAAAGCAUGGUAAGGAUUAAGGAAGCAGAAGCAAUGAUGUUUCAAAGCAAGGCAGACGAAGCACGGAGAGAGGCUGAGACUUACAUGAGGAUGAUUCGAGCCAAGUCUGACAAGUUGGAAGAAGAGUAUGCUGAGAAGCUAUCCAGACUAUGUUUACAGGAGACUGAGGAAAGACGACGGAAGAAAGUGGAAGAAGUAAAGGUUUUGGAACACUCACAUUGUGAUUACUACCAAAUGAAACUAAGAAUGCAAGCCGAGAUUGCCAGUUUGUUGGAGAGAAUGGAAGCCACAAAGCAGCAGUGGGUUUAACCUUUUUUCCUUUUCUAAUAUUUUUUGGUUAACAAUUAAGCCAAAGGUGUGUAGUUUAUUUAAGUUUUUUAACCUUCUGGAUUCUGCUUGUUUCUUAAAAAUGGGAAAUGAAUGAUUGUUCGCAGUUGUGAAAUUUAUUGAAUUGUCAACAUUACAGGAUUUCUCAAUGAUAAAUUUCAGCCACUGAAAUUUCUCUUGGA